AUGACAGAAAAGGAACACUCAAUAAGCGUUGAUGGCAUCCUUGAUACCAGCCACAGCUGUGGUUCCUCGGAUUUCACGAAACCAGGGGGCAUAGUCAACGGUACUGACCAGCUGCAGCGCCGGCUCGGUAAUCGCCAGAUUCAGGUCAUGGCCGUGGGUGGUUCUAUCGGAACAGGUCUAUUCAUUACCAUCGGUGAUGGCCUUGCAAAGAGCGGGCCUCUAGGAUUGCUUCUCGGCUACUCGAUAUACUCGGUCAUACUUAUCUUUGUCAAUAAUAGUCUCGCUGAGAUGACUACUUUGUAUCCUGUUCCAGGUGGGUUUAUCCGAAUGGCCGGCAAAUGGGUCGAUGAUGCUCUCGCAUUUAUGGCCGGAUGGAACUUUUUUCUUUGUGAAGCACUGUCAAUUCCAUUCGAGAUUACCGCAAUUAAUAUGGUGCUGUCCUUCUGGCGAGACGAUAUCCCAACAGGUGCUGUAUGUGGUGCGUGUAUUGCCGCUUAUGCUACGUUGAGUAUCUUUGCGGUGAAAGUGUAUGGAGAAGCCGAGUUUUGGGGUUCCGGUGGCAAAGUCAUCUUGAUCACUAUGCUCUUCUCAUUCACAUUCAUCACCAUGGUCGGCGGUAACCCACAGCGAGAUGUCUAUGGAUUUCGAUACUGGCGUGAUCCAGGACCCAUGGUUGAAUACCUUCAUACCGGAAACCUGGGUCGGCUCGAGGGAGUACUUGCUGCGCUAUGGACUGCCAGCUUUACCAUUGCGGGACCGGAAUUCGUCAACCUACUAGCAGCUGAGGCGAAACACCCCCGAACCUAUGUAAAGACCGCAUUCAAGGUUAUAUACUGGCGAUUUUUCUUUUUCUACAUACUGGCCGCUAUUAGCGUUGGUGUCCUGGUUGCCUACAAUGACCCAACACUCGUCUCUAUUUUCCUCGACAAUGCCGGACGUGGCACUGAAGCCGCCUCCCCAUUCAUCCUCGCAAUGCAAAACAUGAAGAUUGAUGGAUUACCCCAUCUAACCAAUGCCCUUAUCGUGACCACUAUCUUCUCAGCGGGGAAUACUUAUAUGUAUUGCGCAAGUCGGAGUCUAUACGGCCUCUCGAUAGACGGUAGAGCCCCUAGGUUCCUACAGAAAUGUACCAAGGAAGGCGUCCCGAUAUAUUGCGUUUUCGUCGUCAUAUGUUUCCCUCUUCUGUCUCUUCUUCAACUUGGCAGUGGAUCUUCCCAGGUACUUACCUGGCUAACCAAUCUUAUCACCGCUGGCGGUAUCAUUGAUUACAUUGUCAUAUGCAUCACCUACAUAUUUUUCUACCGAGCUUGCCAAGCACAGGGCGUUGAUCGCAAAAGCUUUCCCUAUUUCGGAUGGUUCCAGCCCUACAGCGCAUGGAUUGGACUACUUGGGGAAUGUUUGAUCGUUAUUUUCUAUGGUUAUUCUAGUUUCGUUCCGUGGGACAUCUCCAAUUUCUUCACUCACUACACGAUGGUCAUUUUAGCUCCCUUGCUCUACCUAUACUGGAAGAUCUUCAAGUGCACUAAGGUCACCGGUUCGUUAGAGGCAGACUUGGUUUGGGAACGUCCUAUGAUCGAUACAUAUGAGGCUGGGUUAGUAUCGCCCCCGAGCGGGUUUUGGGAGGAGAUCAUUGAGAUGGUGGGAUGCAAAAAGACCUCUAAGCAAAAGGAGGGCCCGAACAGCUGUUGA